AGACUCAAGUGAACUCAGUGUUUAUUCUAAAAUAUUAUUGAAUAAUCAAAAAGAAAAGUAGUGGUUAGCUUUCAAAGGCCGAGUAAUAUGGUCAUUGAACAAUGGAUAAUAUUUAUUUAUAAAAUGUCUUGUGUGUAAACUUUGCUAUUGAAUAACCAUCGUAAUAUUAUUUAUGACGCAUAGUUUCAGUUCCAACGCCAUUGUUGAAUAAAACUCUAUCAAUUAUUUUCAAACUAUACGUUGUAUGGGCGUGCAUUCUUGGUCGACAAUUAUUCGACGUACAGUGAUUAAUCUAUUUUCUAUUAUAUCAAUUGAAUGCAGUGCGCAAGCGGACACUUUUAUUAAUAAAGUAACCAUAACGGAGAUCGUACAGUGUUUUAGAGAAUAGACGACGGGUCUGUUAUGUUACAUAACAUCAUGGAUUACGCUUUUUAAUUGUGCCUUUAAAUAUUAAUAUUUAUGGCAAUGGCUAAUUAUCGCGUUAAUGAUGAUGACAGUCCCGAGGGUAAAACUUCAGUACUAACAUAUGACACUAGCUUCUCUCAAACGUGAAAACCGGUCUCCAAAGAGUAAAGCCAAACUUUUGUGUAUAAAAUUGUGUUCUACGUUUCCCUUUGUGCCUGAAUUAAAACAGUAUGUUGGAGUAAUUACAUGUGGAUUAUUAUUAUGGGGAUCGUCAUGGUUCCUGUUUGAAGAUGAUGUUCUGCCCGGAGGUUAUUUAUUCGAAAUGGGAGCUUUGGUUGUAUCUGGAUAUAGUUUUGGUCACACGUUGGAAAGAUUUACAACAUUAAAUCCAGUCGUUGGAAUGACCUUAGUAGGGGUGACAUGGAGAUAUUUUAGUUCGACAAACUUCCUUAAAAAUCCAAUUGCAGACUCCAUAGAUUUCCACCUCAGGAGAAUUUACCCCGUUAUCAUUCUAACAAAAGGUCCACUCACAUGGAAUUGGCAAUAUAUCAAAAACAACUCUAUAAAAGUUUUCUCAUUGGCGACUCUCCCCUGGAUCGUCGAGUGUUUAUCUACCGCUGUCCUCACUCACUUGCUUCUGGGGUUCCCUUGGCACUGGGGUAUUCACCUUGGCUCUAUAUUAUCCUCGGUAUCUCCAGCUUUAAUUGUGCCUACAACUGUUGCACUAAGCUCUAAAGGACUUGGCUUAAAAAACCAAAUAGCUCUACUGGUAGCAAACGCUGGCGGUUUAGACACAGCCUUCACUGAGGGCAUGUUCGGAAUUAUUAAUAGCGCUAUAUUCUAUCCAUCAGAACCCGUUUACCGCAUAGUUAAGGCGAUCUUAGCGAUAUUUGUUGGUAUCGGCCUGGGAAGUGUCUGGGCUAUAUUUGUAGAUUAUAUUCCGGAUCAUAAAGAUUUUUAUGCUCCAACUGUGCGCAGUCUUCUUAUCUUCGCUGGGGGUCUCUUCAUCACAUAUGUAUCCGGAUACUUAGGAUGGGGUGGUUCAUCUGGAGUAGCUAUAAUGAUAUGUGCUGGUUCAGCGGCUACUCGUUGGGCUCGCAGAGAUUGGCCAUUGAAUAAUAACCCCGUCUCGGAAGUUUAUAAACUGCUCUGGACAAUAUUUGAACCCAUGCUUUUUAGCUUAAGUGGAUACUUUUUAGAGGUAUCUCAAAUUACGGUACAAGAAUUCGGCCUUAUUGUGGCCUGUAUAUUUUCAGCCCUGUUUAUCAGAAUGAUCACAGCUUUGCUUGUAGCCCUUGUUAAUAAUUUAACAUUUAAGGAGAGCCUAUUCAUUGCUAUUACGUGGAUGCCUAAAGCUAUAGUCGAGGCUGUAUUAGUGAGGGUAGCUGUGGAUUCCUUGCCAAGUGAUAGCGCAACUGCUCAUGAUAAAUGGAUUGCGACCCAUCACUCAAAAAUUAUUGUUAUUGCCAUAAUUUUCACGUCCACGUUGGGGUCAGUCUUAACAACUGCAUUAGGCCCAAUUCUUCUUUCUCGUGAUACAAAAGUUGCACCAAUGGAGGAACCGCAAACGCUAUCUUCGUGUCAAGGGGACGACAUCGCCAGGACAAAUAAUAUUUUAAAGUCCCCAUGUCGUAUAGAACAGCUAUAAAAACAUUAAAAGUACAUUAUUUUUGUUUCUUGCUUAUUUUUUAAACAUUUAGCUGACACAAAAAAGAAAUAAAAAUAUUAAAUUUA